UAGUAAGACUGAUGCGCUACCCCCCCUUCCCGAAGAAGAUUUGGUACCCCAGAGAAAGCCUGGUCAUUUGCCAACCAUUCUGCGCCCAGGGGUUGCUGGACGUGCAGGUCGUUUUGGGACUCCCGCUAUGACUAUGGGAGGCACGAGUGACUCGCCCUCGUUCUAUACGACUCCACCAACUCCAAUACCAUUGUUACAGACUCCUGUCCAAGAACGUCCUUAUGAGCUUCCUCCAGAACUUCUAGGAGUUCGUACAACCAUUAUCACGACAGACGAUCCGCCGAAGCGCGAGCAAGGACAAUGGCAAUCCAAUCAUUACCUGUCGGGCCAAGCUCCCCAACAAUAUUCUCCCUCAUCGCAAGGAUAUAUUCCUCCUCAACAAUAUACUCCAUUGUCGCAAGGAUACAUUCCCCCUUAUCAAACGUCAUCUCCGCCUCCUCAACCACAUCAGCAAUCUUAUACGCCCUAUAAUUAUCCCCCGUCACCGUCACCACAACCACAACAAUACUCGUCAUCUUCUCCGCAGCCUUACCAGUAUCAACCUCAUCAGACUCCAUCUCCCACCCCGCAAUAUCAGCCCCCGCCACCCCCUCAUCAAGCACCGCCUCCUGCACCACAAUAUCAGCCACAACCAUCCCCUCAUCCUCAGAGCUACUCGGCCCAACCAUACCAACCUCCACCUCUACCUCAGUCAUACACCCCACUUCCCAACCAGCAACCACACCCCCCAUCACAGCCGCAAGGAUAUACUCAUCCAACCCAACAGCAACCUCAGACAUACACUCCCGCACCGCCCCAGCAGCAGCCAUACCAACAACAAUCCUAUUUCCCUCCACCUCCCCCCGCGCAAUCCCCAGUCCCUGCUCCCCAAUCUCAACUUCUUCCUAGAGCAUCAUAUUUUUCGCCACCACCGCCACCACCGCCACUUCCUGGAAGCACGCAGGGGACCCUGGCAGUAGCAAAAGGGGAGCAACAGUCUCCCCCAGUGCAAGGAUAUCAGAACGCUGCACCGACCGCCUCGCCAGCACAUGGUUCGGGACCCAGUCCAACUCCCCCUUCGCAGAACCCUCUGGCCCAGCCUCCUGCCUCUUCUACCGUACUUACAGUCCCAGAAGACGAAAAGAAGCGUGAGGAGGAGGAACACACCAGGGAUGAAGAAUCACGGAAGGUGGUGGAUAAAUGGACGGCUCCCGAGGGGGCAGAUUCAGGGAAGUGCGAGGCAGAGGAAGCGCAGCCUCAAGCUGCUGAAGAAGAGAGGGGGCAGCAGGAGGAGGAAGAGCUGAGAAGGAGGGAUGCUGAGGAACAAAAACGACGCGAGGAGGAGCGAUUGAAAUUGGAGAUGGAGCAGAGGCAGAGAGAGGAGGAAGAGAGACUCAAACGAGAGGAAGAAGAGAGACUAAGACGAGAAGAGGAGGAGAGGCUCAAACGAGAAGAGAAAGAGAGACUCCAACGAGAGGAGCGUAGAAGAGUCGAGGAACUGCGCAAGGCAGAAGAAGCUAAGUGUAAACAAGAAGAAGAGGAUCGGAUCAGGCGCGAGGAGGAUGCACGUCGAAGGGCCGAAGAGGAACGUCGGAAGCGCGAAGAGGAAUCACAUCGGAGGCUUGAAGAGGAGCGGAUUAGGCGAGAGGAGGAAGCACGUCGCAAAAGGGAAGAAGAUAUUCGUCGCAAACAGGAAGAAGAGGCUCGUCGCAAACGGGAAGAAGAGGCUCGUCGCAAACGAGAAGAGGAGGCCCGCCGUAAACGAGAAGAAGAGGAGGCUGAACGAAGGUGGCAAGUUGAGCUUGCUCGCAUUAAGGCGCGCGAUGAGCAGGAGGCUGCCGACGCCGCUUUCGCUCGUGCUCAAUUUGAAGCUGAAGAAGCCGAGCGUCGCAGGCAGGAAGAAGCAGAUCUUGCCUUUGCGCAGCGUGCACAGGAGGAGAGCGAGCGAGAACAAAGGGCCGCAGAGGAACGACGAAAGCAAGAAGAAUUAGACCGUGAGCUUGCCCGUCGUGAGCAGGCAGUUGAGGAGCAGUUGGAACGUAGGCGCGAGGAGGCGCGUAGGAGGCAGGUGGAGGAGAUGGAUAGGGAAAUGGCUAGAAAAUUGGAUAUGGAACUGAACCUUGGGACGGAGGAUGGUGAUACGAGUUCUCGGAGCCCAGAGCUCCCUUCUCGCAGAAGAGCGGGCAGUCCUAGGACUCCCAAUGUCCGUGGAGGUGGCAGGUGAAACACAAUAUUUUCGACGCGAGUAGAGAUGAGAUAAAUAAUAUUAUAAGUUAAUGAUCUAUAGAUACAGUAAAUGUUAUCUUACGACUGGUGAUUGUGUCCAUCAUGUCAUGCUGUAUUGCUCUGCAUCCAUCGUUCUAUCUCGUAUUUAGGAUUCUUUCCUCACUACUAUGGCUUCAUUUCAUGUGGGCGUCGUUCAAAACUGACAAAAUGAAUUUUUGGCGAUACGAGUCGCAACGAUAAGUCUAGGACCCAACCUGCUCCAGAUUAACUUACAACGGAUGGAUAUUUAGGCCACGAUAUCACGCACUUUGAUUUUGGAGGCGAGUUGGCAUACUUUUCACUUCGAUUGAAUAUAACUUUGAUGAAUUUGCGUUGCGAAUUUGGCCGUGUGCUCAGGGUUUGAA